AUGCCUAUCGUUCCUCAAAGUUUUAAACGGAAAUCUGCCUUUCCGACGUCUGAAAUUAUCGCACAUCACCAGACUGAGCAUGCGAAUCAAAGCAAGACAAGCUCUAACGCUGCGACCCCUCUUGUCAAGGGUGACCCUCUUGUUGACCCCCAGUCUGCAGCAACCCAGAAGGCCGAUCUCAACAACGCACAAGAAGAAAUCAACAACGGAUUGUGCAUCUUCGUCAAAGGUGGGCCAUACCUUGGGGUAUGUGCUACCCAUUACAGAUGGAUCUAUUUCUACGAUUUCGCUCCACAUAGAUUUAACGACCUGGGGGACCUGGGAGUUGAUAUCCCUCAGCUUUCAGUAAUCUCCGAUAACGGAAAAACUCAGUCAUUCGGCUCAAAAUGGUCCAACACCUCACAUUUGGGCGUACAGACCGCUUUCGGAUCAUCAAAGGGGUUAAUCGCAUCAGGUGGCUACCACUAUUUAUGA